UUUAAAAACAAGAUAUAUAUAGUAUUGUGUGUAUGUGUUUUUUAUUUUGUCGAUAAAAAACUGGUAUUCGUUUGAGUGUACACGUGCGAGUGUGUGUUUGUAAAAAUUCAUCAUCGUCAUCGUAAAUUUUUCAAAAAAUUUCAUUUAGGAUUUACAAUAUUGAAAAUUAUUACCCCACGACAAUGUGAUCGUAAAAAAAAAAAAAAAGGAGAAGGAAAAUGUUACAAGGUGGAGAAAAGUAGAAUGUGUUUUAUACACUCACUCCGAUAUUUUGUCAAUCCAGAUGGUUUGUGUAAAUUCAAGUGAACAUACAUUUUGUGGAUAAAAAAAAAAUUAAUAAAUAUGGGGGUGUGUGUUGAAUAAGAAUGUGGUACAAGAUUUAAAUGGUGUGAUCCAUUAUUAUCGUGGAUCUAUGGUGAAUCUUUUUAAGAUUAUCAAAAUUUGUGUGUUCAUUCAACAUUUGCAAUUGGAAUAAAAUAUAUAAACGAAAAUAAAAAUAAAAAUUAGGUGAAUAUUUAGUGAGACCAAGAUAUGAAAUAAUUUGUCAUAAUAAAAGAAACAAAAGGAAGAAAUUGAUUUUAUAAUCAGUGGUUGAUUGUAAGAAACAAAGGAUUAAGAUUUAGGAUUUAUUCUUAAAUAGUGCUGUUAAAAUUGGAUAUAAUUUAAUAUAUAUAUACAUACAUAUAUUGAUUUAUUUAAAAGAAGAAAAUACGAUAUUGAAUUUGUAUUCGAUAUGGAUAAGCGUGCCUUCAGGAUUACGAGGAGCACACGGAUAGCGGUGCUGCACAUUUUACUUCUGUGCAGUGCUCUAACCCAUGGCAGAGUUGAGGAAACGCAGAUGGACACGCAUGAGGGUUCAACGGUACAAUUGCAGUGUCGAUUCGAACCACCUAAAGAAAAUGUCACGUGUUUUUGGUUGACUCAUACCAAUAACAAUCAUGAUAACGCAGCAAUAGAAAAUCGUUCGUUAUCACCUAAUUACAAGGUGUUCAUGAGUUUGGAAGAGGGUCGUUACGAUUUACAAAUACGAAAUGUUUCGUAUGAAAGGGACAAUGGUAAAUACGAGUGUCGUGUUAAAGUUAGUAGUACUGGUAUGGAUAUACAUAGGAAGUAUAUUACAUUGACCGUAUUGAGAGCACCUGGACCACCUACGAUAUCACCAACGUCAGCCCCGGCAACCGAAGGACAACGAUUGGAAUUACAAUGCAACACCAACGGUGGUAGUCCUGAACCAGAAGUAAGAUGGUACCGUGGUAACAAUACUACUCUACUUCACUCCGGUAGGACCUUAUUGGUGGAACCAACGAAAGAAGACGAUCGUGCGAUUUUUAGAUGCGUUGUUAGAAAUCGUGCGAUGAGAGAAGGUGAAACAUUGAACGCAACUGUAACAUUGGAUGUUAAUUAUUUUCCACGGGUUACGGUUGGUCCUGGAAACCCAUUGAAAGUUGAAGUUAAUGGUACGGCGACAUUAGAGUGUCAUGUUGAUUCGAAACCAGUUGUCGGUAUGGUACGUUGGUGGCGGGAUGGUAGUUUCAUAGCAACUACCUUUCAACAUGUUAUACAAAAGGUAACGUUGCAAGAUGCAGGCAAGUAUACUUGCCAAGCUGACAACGGUCUAGGAAAAAAAGACGAGAAUUCAUUGCUGUUGGAUGUUCUUUAUCCACCUACCGUGUCUAUCGAAGGUGAGAGCGUUAGAAUCGCUCAAGUGGAAGACACCGUGACGGUACACUGCAACGUAUCAGCCAAUCCAGCUCCGUCCAUAGUCGAGUGGCUUCGUGAAGGUCGUCCAGAAUUCAGACAAUCCGGUUCGAUAUUGAGAUUGACUAGAGUCACGGCCGAUCACGCUGGAAAUUAUACUUGUCGUGCAGUUAAUACCAUUCAUCCGACUGGCGGUGAACGAAGGAAUCAUUCAGCUAAAGCUCAUGUCACUGUUAGAAUUCGACACAAACCUGGACCUGCUAGGGUUACUCCAGACUCACCGGUUGCCGUUGAAGGUUCACGUGUUAUUCUAACAUGUAUGGCAAGUCCUGCUGGUUAUCCUGAACCCCAAUACAAAUGGUGGAAAGAAGGAGACGGUGAAAAUAUUCCUGUUAGAACAGAAAAUUCUGGGCCUAAGUAUGAAAUAGAUUCCAUACAUUUGGGUAGCGAAGGUACUUACAAAUGUUACGCCAUGAACGAAAUUGGAAACGGUGAAGCUGCCUCAGUUAAUCUCACAGUUCAUCAACCACCGAAGAUACUUACCAAAUUACAACCUCACGUCACGAGAAAAGUCGGAGAAUCAUCGUUUCAAGUAUCGUGCGUGGCACAGGGAAAGCCAAGGCCUAGCGUGCGUUGGUUGAAGGACGAUCAAGAAUUAACAGCCGACGAGAGAUUGUACAAAGUGAUAACCACUGCCUCAGAAGGUCAUGGUAAUGUGAUAACCGUGAACUCGACGUUGAGCUUUUUGGGUCAUGCACGUCCGAAGACCGAUGAGAUCAUAGCGAGCGACAGAGGAAGGUACACCUGUGUAUUCGUAAACGAAGUUAAAAAGGUUGAAUCGACGAUGAUGUUAAAGGUCGAACACGAGCCAAUUAUUUUACAUCAGCACGGCAAAGUGGCGUACAAUUUACGAGAGGUAGCUGAAGUCGCGUGUAAAGUUCAAGCCUGGCCUAAACCAGAAUUCCAAUGGAGUUUUGGUAACAAUGCUGCUACCUUGCAAGGUUCAUCGAGCGACGGCCAUUAUGAAAUAUCAUCAACCACCGACAAUUAUGACGUUUAUACUUCUCUGUUAAGAGUGACGAAUAUAAAACAAUCUGAUUAUGGGGAUUACACGUGUCGCGCUGCUAACGCACAAGGUAGCAUUUCUUCGACGAUAAGAUUACAACCAAAAGGUGCACCGGAAAGGCCGACCAACAUAACAGCCAUGGACAUUGGCCCGACACAUGUGGCAUUACUUUGGGAAUUGGGUUUCGACGGUGGUCUACCAAUCACCAAAUACUUCGUUUCUUAUCGAAGAGUUGCCGGAGGUGACGAAGUGAUAGCACCUGAUUGCGCACCACCGAGAGGACCAGCCGGACAAUGGUUGGAAAUGGAUUGCAGGAGAUCGAAUCCUUGCAACGUUAGCAAUCUCGAGCAACACCAAACCUAUACUUUCAAAGUUAAAGUCUACAAUACGAAAAAUCAUUCGGAUUACUCCGACGAGGUAGUUGCAACUACUUCUGUGGCAAAAAUACCAGCACCUUUACGUGUCAGCUAUGAUCCUGAAACUGGAACUUUAGCGAUAAACGUUGGAGCUACUUGUCUGGCAUUGGUAGCUUCUAUCGAAAAAUUCGAUGGUACGGAUAAUCCAUCGAGAAUCAUAGAAGAAUGGCCAUUGGAAGUAUUGGGAAGUGCACCUACUCAAAGAGAGGGUAUCUUGGAUGAUCCUGAAUCUUCCGAUACUGAACCUCAUAUCAAAGUCAGAUUAUGUCUCAAGGCUGAUCGUCAAAAGUGUGGGGAAUAUACCGAAGCUGAAAUCGGCCCAUCUUAUAUAGCGCAAGCUGGUGCACUAGCAACGCCAACGUUGAUCGCUCUGGUAGUUAGCGGUGCAGUCUUCUUGCUUUUCGCCGCUCUCUUACUUUUGUUCUGCCGAUGCAGACGAAAGCACGCUGCCAAGGCCAAGGAUUAUGAAAUGGAUACCAAUGCCCAUGACGGAGUAUUGAAAAAUGUCCGUUCAUUUUUCUCCAGUGUUCGACCAAGCCUAGUCGCCGGAAAUGGUCAACAAACUCAAGCACCACCGCCUUAUUACGCAGAGAAUAAAGCACUCGAACAUAGUUUGGAUCAUGCACUUGCUAUGGAGGAUUCCAAGAGUCCUGCUUAUGCUCAACCUGGAUAUGGUUAUCAUCAACCUAAUCAUAACAUCAACGGUGAGAAUGGUGUCAAUAUGGGUUACAUGGACAAUAGCUAUUCAAAUUCAAACAACGGGGGUUCGGUGAAUUCUCAAGAUUCUAUCUGGCAGAUGAAGUCGGCGGCAGCAAACGGCGUCAACCAACCAUAUGAUUUGGGUGGAUACGCCACCACCGAGUCCGAUUAUCCAGCGCACCCACAUUACAGGGAAAGCCAUAAUCUUAGUCGACAACAAUUCUGUCCCGAGCCAUUUGCUACGGUUGUCAAGUCCCAGAAACACGUUGAUUCACCAUACGACGUUUCUGGAUUACCUUAUCAAGAAAAUUACGACGAGGAUACAAAACCACCUCAACAAGUUAGCUUGUCCUACGACGAGAGUUUAGAAUCCGGUUAUUCGACUCCUAACAGCCGUGGACGUAGAAUUAUCCGAGAAAUAAUCGUCUGAGACCUGCCUACCGGCUCGCGA